UUUGUAAUUGCAGCCCUGGCCAGAUGAUGCCACCCUGGGUUUUGUUUUGCAAAGUGAAAUUGUUGAAAGAAGUACAAACGAUACGAAACGAUUCAAAAAUAUAUAAGCGAAAAGUACAAUUUUCAUCUGAAUUCUUGCUCUGCUUUUGCCCUAAUUGGUUUCGGACCGAGUUAUAGCAAAAUUUUGGAGUUUUAUCAGCACAACAACAACAACGCGCGCGGCGAUAAUUGCUAGGCGGACAAAUGACCACCGCUGCCUCCACAUCGCAACAUGCCUCUUCGACGAUGAUGGCCGGUACUGGGUCCUCCUCCUCCAAUAUAACGGCGCCCAGCAGCUCGGCGGUGCGCGCUUUGGCCAUGGAGUACAAGUCAUUGCAGGAGGAGCCGGUCGAAGGAUUUCGCGUAAAGCUGAUCAACGAUGAUAAUCUAUUCGAAUGGGAGGUCGCCAUAUUCGGGCCUCCGGAUACACUUUACCAGGGCGGAUAUUUUAAGGCCCACAUGAAGUUUCCACACGACUAUCCGUACUCGCCACCAACAAUACGCUUUCUCACCAAAGUGUGGCAUCCAAAUGUCUACGAAAAUGGCGAUCUAUGUAUAUCCAUACUGCAUCCCCCAGUAGAUGAUCCACAGAGCGGUGAGCUGCCUUGCGAGCGCUGGAAUCCCACACAGAAUGUAAGAACCAUUCUCCUUUCGGUAAUAUCACUUCUCAACGAGCCCAACACAUUCUCACCGGCCAAUGUGGAUGCAUCGGUCAUGUACCGCCGAUGGCGGGACUCGCAGGGCAAGGACAAUGAAUAUCCAAACAUCAUACGCAAACAAGCAUUGGCAGCCAAUGCUGAGGCCAAGCGAGAAGGCAUCGUCGUGCCGAUGACCCUUGAGGACUAUUGCCUUAAGCCAACUCGCAAACCCACAGCAGAAUCUGCCUUGGAUGCGAACUUUUACGAUGAUGAUUUUGAUUUAGAGACCGAGGAUGAUUUACCCACAGAUGAUGAUGAUUUCGAUGAGGACGAAGACGAGGAGGAGGGAGAGGAUAAUGACAGUGCAUCGGCAUCGAUAAGCAAGAACAAUGGACUGGCAGCCGCAGAUGAUGCAGAGUCUGCCGAUGACAGCGGCAAGGGCGAGACCACAUAAUGCAGACAUGCUCAGAUAGACCGCAUAGUUUCUUCUUCCUUCCACUCCUGCCCUAGGCGGCGAGCCACCGCCUCUUCAUUUCUCCAACAUCAUUACCAUGAUUAACGCUAAUUAUAGAAGUUUACUAACUAACAAAAAAGAAGAAAUCAAACAGAAAAUUAAAAUAGUGACUUACAUUACAUAGCUUAAAUGAUAAAC